GAAAAACACACAUACGAGACGCGCCUCUUUUUUACUUUCCCCUCCUCAAAACGCGAAUCUUGUUCUUUUCCCUUUUCUCCUUUUGCUCUUCAGUGGCUCCCUAUUCUCCUUCUUUCUUCUCCAUACGCUCCUCCCUCUCCCUCUCUCUCUAUCUGCUUCCGUAACAGUUAUGGCUUUCAGAGGAGGAAAUGCUUCAUCAGGCAUGGGUGUUGCUGAGCACUGCAAAAACACAUUCUUGGAACUGCAGAGGAAGAAGGCUUAUCGCUAUGUGAUUUUUAAAAUUGACGAGAAGAAAAAAGAGGUUGUGGUUGAAAAGACUGGAGGUCCAGCUGAAAGCUAUGAUGAUUUCACCGCUUCAAUGCCUGAGAAUGACUGCCGAUAUGCAAUUUAUGACUUUGAUUUUGUCACUUCAGAGAAUUGUCAAAAGAGCAAGAUCUUUUUCAUUGCAUGGUCACCCUCUGUGUCACGGAUCCGUGCCAAGAUGCUCUAUGCAACAUCAAAGGACAGGUUCAGGAGGGAGCUGGACGGUAUCCAUUAUGAAAUCCAGGCAACUGACCCAACCGAGAUGGAACUAGAAGUCCUUAGGGACCGUGCACACUGAGCACUUGUUUUAAAAGGGUUAGGUAUUUUAGAGAAGCACCUAGGCUUCUUUUGGAACUCGAGGGAAUUACUUUUCUGGUCUGAAUAUGUGCAUUAUAUGUUCCUGGCAGAAAUUAGGUAUAGUUUAAUAUAAUUAAUAAUCAGCACCUGGGAAGGCUGAUUAGGGGCUCUGAUUAUGAGCUCAAUGGCACCGGAAUAUGAGCUUCCUUUUUACCAUGAUGCUUCUCAGGUGAAAUUGGAUAUGGUAAUGGAUAAUGAUAAUUUGACUCAUG